AUGGCCCCAGAGCUAGUGGCCACAGUAGAAACGGACGAGCAGGCUAUAAUCCCGGAAAAACUUGAGAACGCCGAAAGCAGGCAAGAGACAGCGGCGGCAUCUGAAGGUGUAGAAUCCAAUGCCAUUGAGGAUGGCAGCAUUGCGAUGAGUGACUCCGAGUCAUUCAAAAAAGAGCAGGAGGGUGAUGAGACUCUCAAGAAGGCGUGGCAGGACGCGAAAGGAGGAAAAGGGGGCAUGCUUAUAGUUGACGGCUUCCUGUUUCACCAGGACCGAAUCCUGGGACUACCUGUAAAACAGCUAGUGUUGCCAAAAGGUCGACGGGCCCAAGUUCUCAAACUCGCUCACGAAUCAUACUGGGGAGGUCACCUCGGUUUUCGCAAGACUAAUGCGAGAGUCAAGCUUAGUUUCUUUUGGCCAGGCAUGAAGAGAGAUCAGGGAACACUGCAAUAG